AGAGCUGCUGCAGAUGUUGAAGAGCUGCUGCAGAUGUUGAAGAGCUGCUGCAGAUGUUGAAGAGCUGCUGCAGAUGUUGAAGAGCUGCUGCAGAUGUUGAAGAGCUGUUGCAGAUGUUGAAGAGCUGCUGCAGAUGUUGAAGAGCUGCUGCAGAUGUUGAAGAGCUGCUGCAGAUGUUGAAGAGCUGCUGCAGAUGUUUCUGCAUGAGUUUCUUCCUGUAUCUGAUCCUCUCUGUCGGCCUCUGCAGUCUGGGUAUGAAGGAGAAGUUUCUCAGAAGCCACAGGAGGAUGUUUACAGCUUCAUGGUAAUCAUCAGGUGUAAACAAAGAGCAGCAACAUGUACUCCUGGAGAUUCAGAGAAAUGAAAGCAUACAUUCCUGGUGUUUGCUCUGGAUUUGCAUGUUUUUCUGUGAUUUUAUUGAUCUGUAUCAUGAUAAGUAUUCAGGUCAUUGCAUCAAUAAAAACAUGCGAGGGGAAUCCUUCAGGAACAGAAGUAUGAAAUAUAUUCCUCAUUUCUUCUGAAUUCUUCACAAACUUUGAGCCUUGUUCAGAGACGUAUCUGCUGUCCCUGAGGGGACAAAGGACAGCACCUCAUGGUGAGAUCUUUCAGUUAGACCUUUCAUCACCGUCAGCUGGUACUGAGCUGCAGUGCAUGCUGGGAAACUGAGUCUUCUUUUGAGGAAGUGUGCUCACAAGCAGAGGAAGCACACCCCAGGAAACAGAGUGCAUGAUGGGAGUGAAGACACUGCUGCUCGCCUGGCUGCUCGCUGAUCUGGGGGGGGGGCUGGUGGACGGCGGCUCAAUGCCUGGCUCUUUGAGCGACGUCAGCAGGACGGACGGCGGCCUGAGGCGGGUCGUCCUCACCGCCGCUGGCCACUUCAAUGACCAAUCAAACGAUGCCUUCCUCUUCAAACCGUCCGCCAUUAUCCGGGCGCAGCGGCAGGUGGUGAAGGGAGUCCGGUACAUCGUGGAUUUGGAGAUUUCCAGAACGCUGUGCCGUAAACGGAACCACAACAAGGAUCUGUCCAGGUGUGACCUCCAGCCUGAAGGACGGCUGCAGCAGACGUUUGAGUGUCACGCUGUGGUCUGGGUCGUCCCCUGGAAGAACGAGACCAAGACUCUGGAGUUUGACUGUAAGACCUGAAGACGUCUUCCUCCUCACCUGUCCUCCUGUCUGUCCUGACCAAUAAAGCCUCUCCAUAUCACA